ACUGGUCAGACUGUCUUGAAUCGCGUCGCAACAACCUCACGCGUCUUAUCCAUCAUCACCUUUAUCGACGACAACCAGGCCAAUUACAAACUCCAUUUUUCAAACCGGCAACAGGAUUACCGAGGAUUAUCUGAUGCGAUCGCAAAAAUCAAUCGGCCAAUCUGAGACUGAAAUGAGAAAAUCGACCGUUCGGAGGACGGCGACAAGUCUUUAGGGGUGAACGAAAAAUUCACAGCUUGAAGUUUGGUUGAAUGCAUCCCGGUCGGUUGGCAACUCACCAGACUGGGAUCAGAGGGGGCGUUGUUGUGCCCGAGCCAUUUUCAUUGGCUGAUCGUUUCACCGAUGAAUCGUCCAAGGAUGCCAGCUCCAGCAGUUCGGACGACGAGGAUGAUGGCGUGGAGGUCGUUGCAGCGGUGGUCAGAGCAAACGCUCCAACAGAGGGCAUCACUUUCAAUGGCUCUAUCCACUACCGAGAAGACUUGAAUCCCAGUCUUGGCAGAGGCAGAGGUUUGCUGUGGAAACGGCCGACGAUAAUACCGAGACAGCCGUCCCCAGUGGAAAUCAUCAUCCAAAAAAGUCACUCGCCUGUCAGAAAGUCAUCAUCACCGGCAAAGACAACGACCUCCACCAGCAACCACGGAACCAAGACCAACAACACCGGGACUGGCAGCGGCAGUGUUAGUGGCAUUGGUGAGGGCAGCAGCAAAGUCAACAACAGAAGCACUAGUGACAGUAAAAAGACCACAUGCAGCCCCAAUAAAGAUACCAUUAACGACCGCGAGGCUAUGAGGCCACCUUCGACUCAACCCAAGCCUAUACUGAAGACUAUGUCAUCAGUUCCCGGAAAACCUCCAGCUCGAGUUCAGGAUGAAGAGCCCAGGAGACCGCAGCCCAUAUUUGGACCUGCUAGGAAUCCUACUAGAGUCACAGAAGGAGGACAUAUGAUAUCGGCUUCCCAGAGACAGUCAUCAAAGCCUAUAGCCGAGAGCAUUUUCAAGGCCCCUUCACAAACCGCUCCCAAAGCUGCACCUAAUCGACACCAAAAUACCCAGUCGAGGUAUCCACAGUCCCAACCACAAGCACACAACCCUUCAUCUUCCAUCUCAUCUCAGGCUUCUUUCAGAACCUCCUCACAGACAGCUCCCGGUCAGGUUCAGGGGCAGCGCCAUAGUACAACGCAAGUCCCUGUGCCCAGUAGUGUGUUCAAGCCUCCGUAUCAGCCCCCUAGGCAACCAAGCUCUCAAGCACCUCCCGGGCAUGUCCAAAGAGAAACGAGGAUACCGCCGCCCAAUGUAGGCAAGAACAUAUUCAACGCUCCAUCCAGACCCUCUUUUCAACCUGCAUCCCAGCAAACUUCUAGUCAGGUUAAUGAUCCUCAACCGAGAAAUCAGCAACCUUAUCCUACCAACAAUGUUUCCAAGGCCCCCCCUCAACCACUGGUUAGACCAGCUGUUCAACCUCAUAGGUCUGGGUUACUGCUAUCACAACCGACACUGUCUCGGUUAUCACAGCCGCAAUCAUCAGGAGCUAGGAUACCUCAGUCACAGCCAUCAGGGCCCGAUAUCCCACAACCGUUGGCGUCCACGAUAUUACCACCACAACCACAAUCACCUCCACAGCCACAACCGCAAAUGUCAACCUCCGAAUUCAUUGCACAACAUCCAGCUUCAGCUUCGGCAGCCUCUAUCUCAAGUGAAGUUAGUUUUCAGAAAGCUCCGGCCACCCAGCCUCCUGAGGCUCCAAAUUUGACAGUACAAGACAUAGAGUCCAAGCUCGAGUCCUUUAAUGCCACUGUAGGCGAAGACCAUGCUCGUUAUGUUGAAUACCUACUCGAUGAGGCCGAACAAAUGGCCCCAGAGCCAAAGCAUCUAAGCGACUUUGAUGUCUUCGCUGACAUGCCAGCCCUAGGCGCUCCUGCUACUACUUCCGACGCCGCUUCUGUCUUGGACGGCGGGGUGGAAACCAUGGCGUUCAAACUCAAGCUUCACCACGGUGACAAUGGAAAGCCCAAGGCCCCCACCAAGGCUUUCAAGUGCCCGGUCGUCAAGAUCAAGACCGACAAGGAGGUUGUCCCCAAAUACAGGUUUCAUCACACUGAGAUCAAGAAGAACAUCUUGGUUCCAAAUACAAUGCUCACCUUUGUUCCUCACCUCCGGGACGUGGAUCCAGACUCAGUGGACGAGAGAGAUUACAUCAACUGGCUCAAUGAAUUGGACAAGUUAGACACUCAGUCUGGAUUCAAGACCGAAAACAGGCAACAGAAGCAUAAUAAGCGUAUCCGGGAUGAAUCUACCGCCACACUCUCCAUGUACAUUGAGCCAUGGCUCAAGCAACUAGGUCUUGAUGUUGUUUGUACCAGACCGACGCUGAUCCGCUACAUGUUGAGCCAGGAGGAAAACAAAGCACACAUCACACAACAGCAAAAGGACGCCCUUCUCAAUACCUACAAGGACGAUGCCAUUUUGUCGCCAAAGGCCGUGGAGGCGGCACGGAUCUUUACCCUGGCAUUUAACAACGUGUUCGGAAACAACACCGACCCGGAGCGUUCCAUUACCCUUCGGGAUGUCCUACUCCUCGAAAAGCGUGAGACCGUCGUCGACGAGAAGCGUGCAAAAGAGACACCCCCUCCAGCCAAUCCUCAACGUGACCAAUCAGACAGCAACGGCCUGCUGCCAAAAGUCGAGGCCUCGCUUUCAAGUUACGCGGUUCUGGGCUGCAACGUCUGCUUCAGCCACGACUGCGAGCAUGGUGACAUCGACGCCCACAACUACCACCGGACAUUUUCCCUUGAUAGCGUUGGCGGUGUCAUCCGGGCUCUCAAGCGGAAGUGGGCCGACCAAGUCGCCUCCAUGGGCGGCGACGAGGAAGCUGUGGCAGCAGCCUCCAAAAAGGCUCUUCACCUCCCUUGUCACAACGCCUGCUACCGGCACUACGACGUUGGUCCUGCUGCCGCCCCCGUCACCCCCUGGGCUAACAGCGAAGUCUCUGUCUUGGAGGAUAUGUUUUUCAGUGUCGGACACAGUCAGACCCUCAAGGCUCAAUGCGUAGUGGCUUCAGUCCUAGGCCGCAAAUGCUGGGAAGUCUACCGCAAGAUCAACGAACUCGGCCUCUCACUCCCCCACGUCUCACCACCUCGCCCCAAAACCAACCCCAAGGGCGGACCCCCAGCCAAAGUGAAAUCCCUCUCAUGGUACGACCGCCGGAAGAAAUGUCUUAUCGGUGACUGGCAAGACCAAACCGCGACGCACGAGCACUCCAUCCGCGAGAUCACCGAACCGUGCCAUCACGACGGUCCCUGCACCAAAGACAACCGGGCCUGUCCUUGCGCCAACGCCUCUCCCCGUCCUUUACUCUGUGAUCGGUUCUGCCAGUGCACGGUAGACGAGUGCGCCCUCAAGUUUACCGGUUGCGCGUGUCACUCGACGGGCAAGACUUGUAUUCAAAGGCAGAAGGAAGGAAAACCAUGUAUCUGCAUCAUGCUCAAUCGUGAAUGCGACCCCGUCGUGUGCAAGGGGUGUGGAGCGAAAGAAAGGGGAGAUCCGGACAACGCUCAUGAUGAGGCUUUGCAUUCGACGGGGUGUCAGAAUGUUAGUCUUCAGCGCGGCGCCUCGAAAACCGUUCUGCUUGGCAAGUCCCAGCUCGAAGGAUGCGGCUACGGCCUCUUCACUGCCGAAGACAUUUCCCAAGACGAGUUCGUGAUCGAGUACACCGGCGAGCUGAUCACGCACGACGAAGGUGUGCGUCGGGAAGCUCGUCGCGGAGAAGGGUUUGGGUCCCAGGGGACUAGUUCGUAUCUGUUCACGCUACUGGAGCACGAAGGCAUCUGGGUCGACGCGGCCAUGUACGGCAAUCUAUCACGGUACAUCAACCAUGCCUCGGAAAGCGACAAGAAGGCGUGCAACAUCACACCCAAAAUCGUGUACGUGAACAAUGAGUACCGCAUCAAGUUCACCGCGCUUCGGGAUAUCAAGGCGGGCGAAGAGCUCUUCUUCAACUACGGCGACAACUUUCCGAACCUCACCAAGAAGCUGCUUCAAGAUCAAGAUGGAGAUGGGGAGGACAAUGGUGCCGCUACUAGCAAGACCAAGGGCAAGAGAGGCAGUAGUAGUCUCGCUCAAAGAGGAACAGCGCGCAAGGCGACCACCAAGGCUAGCAGCACUGCUAAAAGCAAAGCUAAAAGCCAAGGCCGAGCUCGCGGCGCUCGCAAGACUGCUGUGAUGGAGAUCCCUCCCAGUGAUGAUGACGAGGAUGAAACGUGGACUAAGGAUCCCGUUCCCUUGUAUGAGGAGGAGGAUGAUGAUGAAGAUGAGGACUUUUACUUUCCUGGCGGGAGGAAGAGAAGGAAGCGCGGUGGGAAGAGGCCUGGUGCUGGGAGGAAGAAGAAGACUCCUAGUCCUGAGGAGGAGGAGGGGGAGGGAGAGGAGGCACACGAAGAGGAAGAUGAAGAGGCAAAGGCUGAUGAAGAUGGUGAUGUCCCGAUGGCUGAUGCUGAUGGCACCUCUGGUCAACCGACUCGUAGUCGCCGCGCUAGAGCCGUGUCGGAGAUAAGUGACAGCCAGGCCGAGCGUGAUGAGGACGAGUCGGAAGACAGCGACGCGCCACUUUCGCCUUCGAGGGUUACGGCUCGUCGUAGGCGACAGUUGAGAACCACAGCAGGCCAAAACGCAACCUCAACAGCCACCACCGGCGCAGCAAUAAACAACACCUCCCGCGCCACAUCCACCUCAGCAUCAGCUUACACAACCGCAGCGUCAACCUCCACCUCUACUCCCGCUCCUUCACAGCCAGGUGACGGUGACGGUGACGGUGACGGUGACGAUGAAGCACCGGAUUCCAACCAAGGGCAAGGAAAGAAACGCUCUAAUAGAGGCGGCGCCCGUCCUGGUGCUGGGAGGAAGCCGAGGAAGACGCUGAGACAGGCUAGUGGGACUGGUUCUGCUUCGGAAUCGACCACGGCUGGUACUAGCCAUUGGGAUAGGCUCAAGUCUACUAUUGGUGGUGGUGGUGGUUCUGGUUCUGCGUCUGGUGCUGGGUCUGCCUUCACCUCCGCUUCCGCAUCCGUCUCUGCGCCUUCAAUCUCCCCUUCAGCACCCGCCGGCCCCAGUGGUCAUAGUGGCUCUUCUCCUGGCAGAGGCAAAAAGCGCAAAGCGGAUGAGGCGGCGGAUGUUUACUCCAUGGAUGAGAACUCUUCUGCUUCUGGGUCUGAGGACGAGGAGGAGUCCGAAGCUGGAUCGGAGCCGGAGUCUACCCAAAACCAAGUACUACCGAAAAGGCAGAAAACUACCACCACCACCGUUGCCUCCCCUUCCAAAUCAAGCAGAAACAGAAACAGAACCACCCUCACCCGCUCCUCCCGCGCCGCCGCUGCUACCGCCGCCGUUAAAGCCAAAGCAAUGGCAUCCCCAGCAACAAUGAAAAUCAAGCCUCUGGGCGUCACCGUCACGAGAUCACCGGGUGGCACGGCGGCACAUGCUUUGCGCGCUCAUGGCCAUAAUGCUGCCGCUCAGGCUCAGAUUCGGGCUGAGCAAUCGUUGAGGGCAGCAGCAGCAGCAGCAGCAGCAGCAGGAGUGACAGCGAAUGCUCAGCAAGCCCAACAUCCGCAACUACAAGAGCCGCCGCAGAGUAGUAGUAAUCUCUACCAUACAGCGGCAAACUUCCAGCCGUUUACUUCUGAUAACGACGAGGAUGAUGAGGAGGAGGAAGGUGAGGAAGUCGAAAAGUCUCCGGACGGAAAUGAGAACGAGGAUGAGGACGAGGACGAGGACGACGACGACGACGACGACGAAAGUCAUGGUGAUGGUGAUGAUGGCGAUGUCGAUGUCGAAAACGAGGAUACGGAUACGGGUGGAGAUGAAGAUGGUGAUAACGGCGAUGAUGCUGACAACGAAGUCGACGAUGAAGAGGGUGAGGAAGACGUCUCUGGCGAUUACGACUCCGAGGAUGGCGCUGCUUCUAAUGCAUCUGAAGUCUCUGAAUCCGCCUCUGCUGAUGAGGAUGAAAAUGACAACGGUGACCGCGAGGACAGUGAAGAAGACCAGUCCCCCGUCAAGCGAUUAAGGCCUCGUCCGCAGCAACAAGCAUCGUCGCUUGCAAAGUCAAAGUCCGCGACGACGAGUGGAGCUGCAGUUGUCGGCGGGAAGGUUUUGCGGCAGCGGUCCAACCAGUCUCAGUCACAAGGCAAAAUCACAAGACAACAAAGCAGCAUCGCCACCACUACCGCCAGUGGUAGUAAAGAUAAGACCGAACAACGGAAACUCACUCGGAGUACCACCACCGCCACUAGCACCAGUACUGGCACCAGCAAUGCCGGCACCCGCAAAACACCCAAUCCCAAUCCCAAACCCAAAGCCUCCAAGGAGACAAGACCAACAGCCGCCACCGCAGCAGCAGCAUCAAAUGCGUCGUCCAAGAGAACCAAGCUUACCAAGGGCACUAAACGCUCAGCAGCCUCGAAGGGAGAAAAGAAGGAAGGGGGGCCACAACCACAAGAAGGGGAAGGAAGCCACAGAAAGAGACAGAGACCGCUUAGAUAUCGGAACGAGGAGGAGUAGGAAUUUUGACUUGUGAUCCAGCCUUCCGGUUCUCUUUCGGGUUUCUUUCUUUAGGGGAAUGGAUGGAAGGUUGGAAGAGGAGGCUCUCAGCGAGAAGUACAAAGACCAAUAAGCUUAGACUCAGGCUCAUGUGAUGGGAUUGGGCUUAGUUUGGUGGCAACGGGGAAGUUAGUUGAAGAGGAGUUGGAGGUGGUCUUUGAAGAGAUGAGCUGCGCCGGUGGAAUGGAGAGAUGAAGGGGGGCUGGGAGCGAUGAACAAUGGAAAAUAGAGAAGGAGUCCUGGUUUCCCUGCUGCGCGUUGUAACAUUAAUUGUUGUAUUGUACAUAUCGUUUUCGAGAAAUCGGGGCUAGUCAGUCGGUUUAGAUGGUUAGAUGCGAAUGCAGGGG